UCAUCGUGGUCACGGCGACCAAUAUCCCCGAGUCGUCACUGGAUAAGGCCCUUGUUAGGUCUAGACGUUUCGACCGUCACGUUCAGAUUCCUUAUCCAAAUGCUAAGGGCCGAAGGCAGAUCCUUGAGGCCCAUAUGUCAAAGGUCUUGAAAGCCAAGGAUGUUGAUCUUAAGACCAUCGCCAAUGAGACGUCUGGAUUCACAGGUGCAGACCUCGCAAACCUGGUGAAUGAAGCCGCUCUCAAGGCUGCUAAGGACGGGGCAGAAGCUGUCACGACACAACACCUCGAGUAUGCAGCCAUGAGAAGGAUCAUCAUGGGCAGCAAGAACAAAACGGUGGCGAUGCCUGAGAGCUGCAGGAAGAUGAUCGCGUACCACCAUCUUCAUCCUAACCCUAGCAGUGGAGAUGUAAAAUGGUGUGGUCGGUCUAUGAAAUUAUUUAUUUUUCUUUACCUGCAUGCACACAAAUGUAAAGAAGAUCCAGAUGGUCUGAUUUUUUCUGGUUUUUGUUUCUCUCUUAUGGAGGGAAUACAGCGUGUAUUUUGGAAUACUAUGUUGUGAAUCUGUAAACACGCGUUGCUUUUGAAUCUCAAAUUACAUGGAUGUAA